UAAAUUUAUAACAAAAUUGAUUUACUACAAAAUUUAAGUCAGAAGCAGCAUCUUCAGAAAAUACCAUUUUAUUCAAGCAAAUAAAAAAUACUUAACUUCAUAGUGUAGACCUGGCCAGAGUAUUAUCAGCAUAGUGAUGUCAGGCAGGGAUAUUUUAAAAACAAAAACACAAUAACACCCCUGAGCUAACAGAGCUAUGCCAGCAAAAGCAAGGCAGCUAUGCUCCCAUAGUACUUCUGCUGGCAUAGCAAGUGUUUAGGGAGGAGAAAAAUGAAUUCUGUUGGCAUAUGCACAUCUACACUAGAGGCUCUGCUGGUAUCGCUAUACUGGCAAAUCAUAUGUAGUGCAGACAAGGUCUCAAACAGAACUUUACAGCUUCAAUAUCUAGUAUAAAUAUUAGCUAAUGAAUCCUUCCAACUUUCCCAUCAAAGUCUUACUGGACUGUCUUUCCUGCUAUUGUUCCCAGCAGUCCCCCAAUUUAAGGGUAUGCCACUUCCUCAGCGGCUGGUAAGGGAACCCAGGCCUGCCCACGAUGCAUUCCAGCAUAGGAACCAUUCAAUCAGCAGCCAAGGUUUGCCCUACCCUUCUGCUUUUUCCCUAGACUGCCUUAUAGGGCACCUCUAUCAAGCUGCUUUCUCCACCACCCCUCUCCAUAAACUCCUCAGGAGAAGUAUCAGAGGGGUAGCGAUGUUAGUCUGGAUCUGUAAAAGGAGCAAAGAAUCCUGUGGCACCUUAUAGACUAACAGAUGUUUUGGAGCAUGAGCUUUCGUGGGUGAAUGAAUACCCACUUCGUCAGAUGCAUGUAGUGGAAAUUUGCAGGGGCAGGUAUAUAUAUGCAGGCAAGCUAGAGGUCAUGAGGUAGUUCAAUCAGGGAGGAUGAGGCCCUGUUCUAGCAGUUGAGGUGUGAAAACCAAGGGAGGAGAAACUGGUUUUGUAAUUGGCAAGCCAUUCACAGUCUUUGUUUAAUUCUGAGCUGAUGGUGUCCACCUUUUCCUGCUCUAAGUCCAGAGAGUGACUGAAGACUUCCAUGCUGUAGCCUCCUUAUACCCUUGCUUGCUGGUCUUACGCCAGCCCUGCCUGCUCCUGCACAGCUGGGCUCAAUCCUCAGUCAGUGCUUGCCUCUCAAGCCUGUCUCUCCUCAGGUGUGGUUCAAAGGGAGUAAGAAAUUUGAUAGGCCACAUCAACCCUUUCUAGGCCAGUGUGGGAUGAACACACCAUCAUAGAAGCACUUAGAUACUUAAGACAGGUAAAUUUCCUUGUGUGACUUCUAAAAGAAGAUUUGAAUUUAACUGUCCAAAGAGUGAAAGGCGGGUGCACAUAUCUGUAUAGCCACCUAACCUCCAUAAGUCGGUCUGUUUUAAUUAUGGGUAGAGGUUUUAGUGGGAGGUGUGUCUCUCAGGGGAAGAAAAAGUAAACAUUCUAUUGCUAUUAAUUUGUCUUUAUUUACUUUUUCAUUUUUUUUGUCUGUUGUACUAUUUUCUUUUUUAAUUUCAUUUGCUGAUUGACUAUCCUAGCUGUCUGUGUUGUGUACCCCAGUCACUUUGGCACAUUUGAAAACUUCACCCAAGGAGACUACUAUAGGAUGCAGUUAAAGAUCUAGCACUGUGUUAAUAAAAUGCCCAGUGAAAGUGGCACUCACAUAAACAAUCCCUCUUCCCUGCACAGCACUAGGAUAUGUAUAACAUAUGUGCAGGCAGAGUUUCUAUCAGCAAGACUUGUAGUACAACUUGAAGCUGCAGAGCACUAGUCCUGUGAUUGGAGUUGCUAUGGUGAGCAGAAUUCUGUUUACACUUCCUCCUCCAGCUGACCCAGAGCAAGGCUGGGCAGCCAGCAGAGGAGCAGCAACCAAAGGAGGAAAAACCAGGAGACUCUGGCAGUGGGGUGAGGGUGCCAUGGGUCCCCUGCAAUUCCAGCAGUUGGUGGUGGUUGGGCUUCUCAAGGAGCCUGUGUUCCACGUGGCAAAGUGUACAGCAGAGGCUCUGAGGCUGAAUUUUCCGAACAAGAUUGCAGAACCUGUAGUGCUUCCUCUGUUAGAAUUUGCAUGGCAUGAAUAUUUACAGGAGAAAAAAAAGGAACUGAAAGGUGAAACCUGGGAGUAUCCCUCCAGCGUGAUGUGUUUUAUUGAUGGCCAAUUGCUGGGAAGUGAACAAGAACUGCUCACGUGGGCUUAUGACAAGUGGAACUACCAAGAUUUUAAACCUGUGGCACUUUACCAAGCUAUUACUGAGGAUUUUUGCACCAAACAUAUGCAAAAUAGGAAGCAUAUGUUUGUGUACUUGGACAUAGCUAUUCAGGAGCAGCCCACAGGCACCUUGUUAUUUGAGCUCUAUUCUGAUAUGUGCCCCAAAACCUGUGCGAAUUUUCGUUCUUUGUGUACAGGAGAAGCAGGGACCUCUCGCAGUGGUAUGGAGCUUACUUAUAAAGAAUCAGUUUUUCAUCGAUUAGUAAAAAAUGGCUGGAUACAAGGAGGAGACAUAGCAGCUGGAAGAGGAGACGGUGGUGAGUCAAUUUAUGGACCUACUUUUGAAGAUGAAAACUUUUCCAUUCCUCACAACAAAAGAGGGAUUCUUGGGAUGGCCAACAAGGGACGUCACAGCAAUGGUUCACAGUUUUACAUCACACUACAGCCAGCUCUCUAUAUGGAUAAAAAAUAUGUGGCUUUUGGACAGCUGAUUGAAGGUACAGAAGUUCUUCAGAAACUAGAAGAUGUUUCUACGUACAAUGAAAGGCCUGUAGUAGAAUGUAAAAUUAUUAACUGCGGUGUUCUUGUGCCUUGAUUACAGCCAAUUUCCCUUCCUACUGUAAUGUGUAAAAAUGCAUGUUUCUGACCAGCCUUUUACAGAUUUUAUAGGCUUUUUAAAUCUAAAAUAGCAUUUUUAUACAUCUAAA